UUGGCCUAAAUUGGCUUGGAUUUGUUUGGCAUGCCCACAAGGCCCCACCAUGACAGUAAAACUAAUGACAGGAGAGAAUCUUAAAUCCCCUCCUCCCCCCUCCCUGCCUCACCAGAUUUGAUACAUGCCAACCUGUUGCUUCUUAACAGAACCAAAAAGAUUUGGCCUUGGCCUAGAAGUAGCUAGCAAGAGAGAUCUUCUUGUGGGAGAAACAACAGAGAGAGAGAGAGAGAGAGAUAAACAGAGAGAAGGGAGACAGAGAGAGUGCCUUUACCUUCUUCCGAAGAAUUCAGGAACAGGGAUCCUUACCAGAGGUGAAGCUGAUCUUUGUUUGGGUUGGUGAGAAAUGGAGAAGAAACAAAUGAAGAUGGCCAUCAUGAGGCAAGAACAGACAUUCAGACACCAGGUAAACGAACUGCAUCGUGUAUACCAGGUUCAGAAGCAACUGAUGACGGAGAUGCACGUUGUUAAGAUGAACCGGGCUCAGGCAGGAGAAGAUACUCAAGCUGAAGCAAUGGUGGAGACAAAUCAUCUGCAAUGGUACAGUAACUCAGGCGAGAAGAAGCCCCCUCCCGUUGAAGACUUCAACCUGGAGCUGACACUAGCAACUGGGAAUGAUAGGAGGAAACAAGAUAUGGCAUCCAACUCAGACUCCGGCGCAACAGUGUCGUCAUCAACUUCUGCUGAAUCAGAGUCAGGGCAGCGAUUCCCCAAGUCCAAUGUAAACGUAAGGUUUCAAAAUAAGAGCGAGAGGCAUGAUGAUCAGCACAUGCAGUCUCCUUGGCUCUACCAAUGUUUAAGUCUGAAGAUGGCUUAGCUAGGCUUCAGUGUUUCAGAAUUCAGUCCAAACAGAAUCACAGGCAUUAUUAUGUGUACAUCAGAAACUAAUUUGUUGCAACUGGAGGAACGAGCUCAAUAGAAAGUAAUCGGCCACAUCUAAAAACGUGUGGCUGAUUAGAAAUAGAAAGUAA